AUGACGGACUCAGUAGACCGAGUCUUCGUCCAUGCCCUCAGCACAGUAAAGCGCAUCCCCAAAACGGGGGCCAUGCGCCCCCCGCCCGCCGACCGAUUACGUCUCUACGGCCUAUACAAGCAAGCCAUGGAGGGCGAUGUCGAUGGCGUCAUGGAGCGGCCCUCGGCCACGUCGCUGGGCAUGCGGACCGAGGAUCUGAAGAGGGAGAUGGAUAAGUGGGAUGCGUGGGACGCGCAGAAGGGGCUUUCGAGGACGGAGGCGAAGAAGCGGUAUAUUGAGACGUUGAUUUCGACCAUGCAUCGAUACGCGACGACUGGUGACGCUAGAGAACUCGUCUCCGAACUGGAGUUCGUAUGGAACCAAGUCAAAACCAACACCUCCAGCGUCUCCUCCUCCCCCUCCAAAUCCGCCCGCCAACGCCACGCCGAAUCCACCCACGAACCCAGCCCCAUGAAAAUCCUCAGCCCCAUGAGCGAACAAGACGAAGCCGAGCUCGAGUCGCACCGUCGCUUAAACCUCGCCGACGACGAUGACGAAGACGCAGACUACGACCCGACAAGCACAGGCGAAACACCCGCGGGCAACAGCAAGUGGGCGCGCAAAGUCGAGAGGGCGCUCGUGAAGCUGUCGACGGAGGUGGCGGCGCUGCGGGAGCAGAUCACGACGGGAAGGGAGUGGAAGUUUAGGAAGGAGAUGAGCUGGCGGGCGUGGUUCGCCUGGUUGUUUUGGGCGGCGAUACGGCAUUUGGUGGUGGAUGUUGUGGUGUUGAGCGUGGUGCUUAUAUGGAUGCGGAAGAGGAAGGAUAGGAGGUUGGAGGAUUUGGUGAGGGCGGCGCUGAAGCUUGUGAGGGAGUAUGUUCGCAAAGUUGUGCCGUCCAGGUGA